GUCAAUUCGAAGUUGCACCUGCUGAGCAAAAAAAAAAAAAAAGAGUGUGAAACCAGAAUGUUUACACCAAGCUGGCCUUGUGAUAACGGAGAAAGCUAAAACAUUUAAAUCAGAGACAAAGCAGUUAGACGGACCACUUCAAAUGCAGCGCUCGUCUCUAGUGUUGCGGACUGAUGUUUUAUUGCACAAAUGGAGCAGAAAGUUGUUCUCAUUACUGGAUGCUCUUCAGGGAUUGGGCUCAGUCUUGCUGUGCAUCUCGCAUCAAAUCCGUCAAAAGUCUACAAAGUUUACGCUACCAUGCGGAACCUGGACAAGAAGCAACGGCUGUUGGAGAGUGUGAGAGGACUGCAUAAAGACACUAUGGCCAUACUACAGAUGGAUGUGACAGAUCAGCAGUCUAUACUUGAUGCCAAAAGAAAUGUUACAGAGGGCAGAAUUGACAUACUGGUUUGUAAUGCAGGUGUAGGUCUGAUGGGCCCUCUGGAAGCUCACUCGCUGGACACUAUACGUGGAAUCCUGGACGUCAAUCUGCUGGGCACACUUCGCACCAUUCAGACCUUCCUACCGGACAUGAAGAGAAAGAGACAUGGACGAAUCCUUGUGACAGGCAGCAUGGGAGGACUACAGGGUUUACCAUUCAAUGAGGUCUACUGCGCUAGCAAAUUUGCAGUAGAGGGCGCUUGUGAGAGCCUGGCUAUUCUACUCCAGCACUUCAAUAUUCAUGUGAGCCUGAUUGAAUGUGGACCAGUCAACACAGACUUCCUGAUGAACCUGAAGAGGACUGAGGCCAGCGAUGAGGCGCUGGAGGUUGACGCACACACACGCAGCCUGUAUGAUCAGUACCUGCAGCACUGCCAGUCUGUGUUCCAGAAUGAGGCUCAGGAUACUGAUGACAUCAUACAGGUAUAUCUGGAGGCAAUUGAAGCACCGACUCCAUUCCUCAGAUAUUACACUAACAGAGCCCUACUACCCAUGAGCAGCCUGAAACUCACCUCCAUGGAUGGCUCUCAGUACAUCCGGGCAAUGAGCAAACUCAUCUUCUCUGCACCCGACACAGAUCCAAAGAUAUGAUGCUAA